GCCAAGCUGUUGUGCCGCAUCUCCAUGCACAUUGGUGCGGAUUGCGGCCUGGUGCUGUUUUUUGGUGGUGCAGGCUGUACAGGUGCUUUGCCCGAGGAAGGCCUCCCUGAAGAUGGCCUGGCAGAGGAGGGCCUGGUGGAUGCAGGCCUGGCUGUUGCCCUGGCCGACUGGGGCCGGCCAGAAGCAGGUCGAGCAGAGGAAGGCCUAGAUGCAGGUCUUGCAGAACAGGGCCGCUGCCGCCCAGAUGCCGGCCGCCCAGCUGAAUUUGGCCGCCCGGCCGAAUUUGGGCGCGACUGUGCAUAG